AUGGCUAGUCUCUCAAAAGUAUACUUCCUGUCGGCAUCGACUUCAGCCACUGCAUUCCUGUACCAAACUCGCACUCUUAUGCCGUUGUGUCGAUCAUUGUCACCAUGUCACCAACGACGUUACAAAUACUCCACUGGAGGAGAUGGAACACAGAACAGCAAUAGCGAUGAUAUAUCUACAGCAAACCCGAAUAAUACCACCGAGAAUACCUCCGAACAAGCCCCGGCCAACCCCCCGAAACGCACAAGCUAUCUACGCCAGCGAGGCAGCUCAGCACCUAAAAUAGAGCCGACCAAGUUGAAAUCCUCCAAAUCGCAAGCUUUCUCCAAAAUCCAGAGCAAUACAAUCACUCGAAAUGAGCGGGAGGCGUUUGGGGUAUUGUUGGCGCGCUUGAAGGCUGGACAAGAAGACAAUCUCAAAUCGGAACAAGAGCGCCAGCAAGUGACCCAACAAGAUUCAAGACCAGGACCAGAGCUUUCAGCUCCCUCACCUGAGGGUGGGAAUCUCACAGAUUUGAUGACCGUGUUUGAGUCAAUCUUGACGAAUGAACGAGCUGGCUCUAAAGAACCAAAGGCUAAAGAAAGCCGAAAGGGUCAGAAAUCUACACAUCGGAAUCGAUCACAGGAUGGGCAUGUCGAUGAAUUAGAAGGCAUCAGUCUCAGUGAACUGGGGUUGCCGGGUUCCGAUAUAAGUAAUGGGGUAGACCCCAAAGUUUCUGUGUCAGAGGCAAUCGAUAUGAUUGUUGAACGGGAGUCGAGAGAAAUCGAGUCCGAGCUGUUUCGAGUUAUUGGAGAAGGGAAAGGUGAUUCGGGUCUCUGGGAGGCCUGUAGGCAACGGAUCUUUUCUAUGAUUGACCAUGUUGGCGCUGGAGCUCCUGCGCCUACCAACAAUCUGGAUUCUCAUUCACAUGGACUAGUCGAACAACCACAAACUCCGGCUCCCGUUUCUGGCCCUCUGAACAUCCCGGCCGCUGUGCCCACGGGCCUCGUGGUUGCAAAGCUUUAUCCGCAACUACUCCUUCUUGCAUUUCGAAUGCUCAGCACGCAUUUCCCCGAGUCCCAAAUUAUCGGCCAAUUUCGAACUGCAGUCAAAGAGCACAGCCGCACCUCAGCCUUUUUGGGGACAUCGCAAACUCUCUACGAGGAAUUGAUGGCAUUCUACUGGCACAGCUGCAAUGACCUCCCAGUAGUGGUGGCAUUUCUACGUGAUAUGGAUAACGCCGGUCUGUAUCCAAGUCGCCGAAUCCGCCGGCUCCUUGGAGAAAUUGUUAAACAACGAGAGGAAGCCAUGAAAGCACGCCAACAAGGGAAUCCGGACUUCUUUUGGGAUGCGCCACCAAUACACCGGGCGUUUGAAGAGCUUGCCGGACCGGGUGGCUGGAAUGACAAAUUCAGUUCUGGUAAAAAACAACACCGCAAAAGCUCAAUUUCGGGUUUAAGGGAGUGA